AUGCUGAUGGCAGGUGAUUUUCGCCAGACUUUGCCUAUCCAAAAGCAUGCCACAAGAGCAGAGAUAUGCGAUCUGACUGUGAAAAGAAGUAGAUUUUGGAAAAGUGCAAAGAAGUAUAGAUUGUCAAAGAAUAUGAGAGCUUUAGAUUCGGAAAAACAUUUUGCUAAAGAGUUAUUAGAUAUAGGUUCUGGCAUUCGGAACAAUGAGCAAGAUGAAGUAGUGUUGCCAAUAGAAUGUAUUAGUAAGAGUGAUUUAGUGGAUGAGAUUUUUGGUUAUGUUAUAGAGGAUAAGAAUUGGAAUGAGAUGGCCAACAUGGCUAUUGUUGCGCCAAAGAAUGUAGAUGUAAAAGAAUUGAAUAAUAGAGUUUUGAAUAUGCUCCCAGAAGAUGAGAUUUUGUAUACGAGUAUAGACAAAGCUGAGAAUGAAGAUAAGCAAGUGUUAGAUGAGUAUUUAGAUGAGUUUUUAUACUCAUUAAGUCCCAAUGGUUUCCCAUUGCAUGAGUUAAAGUUAAAGAAAAAUGCUAUAGUAAUGUUGAUUAGAAAUUUGAACAUAGAACAAGGACUUUGUAACGGAACUAGAAUGUUAGUGCAAGAAUUGAGAACAAACUUAAUAGUUUGUAGACUUUUGACUGGAGAUAGAGUUGGGCAAUUGGUUUAUAUCCCACGCAUCACUCUGUGUUGCGAUGGCGAGUAUCCAUUUGAUUUGCAUAGGCACCAAUUUCCAUUGGUGUUAGCUUUUGCUAUGACUGUGAAUAAAGCACAAGGACAGACUUUAGAAAAACUAGGAAUAGAUUUAAGUAAAGAUGUGUUUAGUCAUGGGCAAUUGUAUGUGGCCCUUUCAAGGGUUAGAUCUUGGGAAGCUUUGAGUAUUAGGUUAUUAUUAAAUAAUAACGAAAGAAAAGUGAAAAAUGUUGUUUUUAAAGAGAUUUUAGAUGAAAAUGAUUAG